ACAAUUGGAACAGCAAGACUUUGGGAGGGAAGCCCAGGACACCCCCACUGGCAACUUCCUCUACUGCAAGUUGGAUUUGAGGGUUUGGAGUCCUGCUGGCCCUUAAUAAAGCAGCCGUGCAGGGUACGAUGUGAACGUAUCGUGGUCCUAAAGGGGGAAGCUCGGUGUGCUCGCGUCAUGAGAAACAUGUCCCUGAGCUGAGCGGGCACACUCCUAACAGCAGCCGGCGGUUUGCAGCCCAGGCAGCCGGGGGAUCCCCAAGGCCGUGAGGAACAAGAACCAGAAUGGAGCCCCAGGGUUAGUGCCCGCGGGAGGUGCGCAUGCUGGGCUCAGGAGGGGGCGGGGUGCAGAGGUCUGCCGUCCUGCCCACAUGGGCGCCCCGGAAGAGGGCAGGGGUCCCCAGAGUUGUGCAGCGCCACUACUGGACUGGAGAGGGUGCCUGCUGAGUCCCUGCGAGGAGCCCCGCUAGGCCACAACGAUGACUGGUGUUUGGGACACCUCGGAGGCCAUCCCACAGGGCAAAGAGAAGCCCUAACCAAUCCUCGUACCCCAGGGCCGUGGCUGGCGAUGUGACUCGUCCCCGUGGUCAGGACGGUGCAGACCCCAGGCGGGGGCGAUUCCCGGGGAGGGUCUCACUCUGGGUCCAGCUCCACGCGGCACCAUGAACAAUAACUUCUGCCGGACCCUGGUGGACCGGCGGUCCCUGGCGCCCCCCAGCUGCAUGCAGUUGGGCGUCGUGCCCCCUCCGCGCCGGGCGCCCCUGCCCCCCGCCGAGCCCCUGGGCAACGUGCCCUUGCUGCUGUACCCAGGCCCGGCCGAGCCGCAGUAUUACGACGCCUACGCGGGCGUGUUCCCCUACGUGCCCUUCCCCGGUGCUUUCGGGGUGUACGAUUACCCCUUCGAGCCCGCCUUCAUCCAGAAGCGCAACGAGCGCGAGCGGCAGCGGGUCAAGUGCGUCAACGAGGGCUACGCGCGCCUCCGCGGCCACCUCCCGGGCGCCCUGGCGGAGAAGCGGCUCAGCAAGGUGGAGACCCUGCGCGCCGCCAUCCGCUACAUCAAGUACCUGCAGGAGCUGCUGAGCGCGGCCCCCGACGGCGCGCAGCCCGCGGGCUCCCCGUCCGACUGCCCGGGCGACGGCGAGGCCCGGGGGCCCGCCUCCCUGGUGCCCGAGUCGUCCGAGUCUUCCUGCUUCUCCUCCUCGCCUUUCUUUGAGUCGGAGGAAUCCAGCCACUGAUCUGGGAUAGAGCAGGCACCACAGAGACCGGAGGAGCCCCGUCGGAGCAGUGAGGGCGCCGGGCCCAGGGAAGUUGCGGGUGCGCGCCGCGCCCGCUCCAGGCCUCAGGAGGGCAGCCCGGGACGGCCGUCCCUGGAUGGGUCUCCGUCUCUGCUUCAGCCCGCGGCGGGGUGGUGCAUAACCCGCCGUGGUGGCCCUGCCCCGUCCUCUGUCGCCACAGGCGCAACCCUGUGUCUACGACUCCCUAGGAGGCCAGCCGGUCUUUGGUUUGGAUGAGCCGUGCCCUUGCCGUUCACGAGAUGGCCUCAAACACUAGCGUCCACUUUGGGAGCUGGCUUGCCACCCCCGCCUCCCACCCCACCCCGAGAGGAACCCAGAGGCCACGGCGGAGGCCAGACUACUGCUUGCCAUCGGCCGAGAUCGAGAUCAGACUUGGGAAGAAGCCCAGAGGGGGCCUUGGUGGUGCCCUCUGGCUUCCCUGAUGGAGGGCUAGGAUCCACCCCCAGCCCUAACCUCCUGGUGUAGCCUUUUCAUACU